UUAACAGUGCAUGCUGCUGGGUCUCUCUGCAUUAGUCCUCGACACACACACACACACACGUACGCUGACACACCAUACACACGCUCUCACACACAUAAUACGCGCACACGCUCGUUCACACAUCAUGGAGUACUACCUCGGUCUGAUGCUGUGGAUCUGUAGCCUGCUGCCAGGGCUCCAUGACUGUUUCAACAUCGACACCAAGAACUACCGGAUCAUCAAGGGCCCCAAGCAGGCCCAGUUUGGAUACACAGUGCAGCAGCACGUCGCCGGAGGACAGAAGUGGUUACUGGUUGGAGCCCCAUAUGAAACCAACGGUCCUCACCAGACGGGGGAUGUGUACAAAUGCCCGUUGGGGAAAAGAUCCAAUGGCAGCUGCUCCAAGCUCAACCUAGGAAGGAUAUCCCUGACCAACGUAGCGGAGCGAAAAGACAAGAUGAGGCUGGGGAUGACUCUGACAACAAACCCCAAAGACAACAGCUUUGUGGCCUGUGGGCCUCUGUGGUCUUAUGAGUGUGGCAGCUCGUACUACAGCACUGGAAUUUGCUCCCGUGUCAAUGCCAGCUUCAAGUUCUCCAGAACUAUUGCUCCGGCCUUCCAGAGGUGUGAGACCUACAUGGACAUAGUGAUCGUUCUGGAUGGUUCCAAUUCCAUCUACCCCUGGACAGAGGUGCAAGCCUUUCUUAUCAACAUUCUACAGAAGUUCUACAUCGGACCGGGACAGAUACAGGUCGGAGUGGUGCAGUAUGGUGAGAAGGUGGUGCAUGAGUUCCACCUGAAUGAUUACAAGUCGGUGGAGGAGGUGGUGAAGAGAGCACGCAACAUCCACCAGCGAGGUGGAGAGGAAACCAACACAGCGCUCGGAAUAAACGUGGCUCGCUCACAAGCAUUCAAGCAAGGAGCCCGAAGAGGUGCCAAGAAAGUGAUGAUCGUGAUAACGGACGGGGAGUCGCAUGACAGCCCAGACCUGAAGCAGGCCAUCGAGGACAGCGAGAAUGAUGGCAUCACCCGCUACGCAAUCGCUGUGCUUGGUUACUACAAUCGCCGUGGGAUCAACCCAGAGGCCUUUCUGAACGAAAUCAAGUACAUUGCCAGUGACCCUGAUGACAAGCACUUCUUCAAUGUGACUGACGAGUCGGCCUUGAAGGACAUUGUAGAUGCGCUUGGGGACAGGAUCUUCAGUCUGGAAGGGACCAAUAAGAAUGAGACAGCCUUUGGUCUCCAAAUGUCCCAGGCCGGCUUCUCUUCGCACUUUGUGGAGGAUGGGAUCCUGGUUGGGGCGCCCGGGGCCUACGACUGGAACGGGGCCUUGCUGAAGGAGACCCGGCAUGGGAAGGUGGUCCCACUCAAGGCGUCCUACGCGCAGGAAUUCCCAGAGGAACUAAAGAACCACGGCGCCUACUUAGGUUACACAGUAACAUCGAUGGUGUCGGCCAAGAACGGUCGUCUGUAUGUGGCCGGAGCACCUCGCUUUAACCAUACUGGCAAGGUCAUCAUCUUCACCUUGAAGAACAACGGAAACCUCACCAUCCUGCACUCUCUCAAAGGACAACAGAUCGGGUCGUACUACGGCAGUGAGAUCGCCCCGGUGGACAUAGAUGGAGACGGGGUGACGGACAACCUCCUGGUGGGCGCACCCAUGUUCUUCAGCGGUGGCUGGGAGAAGGGCAGAGUGUACAUUUAUAGACUGACAGAACUGAAUCGUUUCAUCACGGAGGGCGUGCUGGAGAUCCAGGACCGUGGUCAGAACGCCCGCUUCGGCUCCUCGCUCGCCCCGGUUCCGGACCUGAACGGGGACGGCUUCAGUGAUUUGGUGGUCGGGGCGCCGCUGGAGGAUGACAACAAAGGGGCCAUCUACGUGUUCUUCGGCCAGCGCAACCGGAUCCUGCGUAAGCAUAAACAGAGGUUGGCGGCGAUGGACAUGGCCAGCGGGCUGCGAUUCUUCGGCCGCAGUAUCCACGGCAGUAUGGACAUGAAUGAGGACGGCCUGGUGGACUUGGCUGUGGGCUCCCUGGGUGCCGCUGUGCUUCUCUGGUCUCGCAGUGUUGUCCGAAUCCACGCCAGCAUCCGGUUUGAACCGAGCAAGAUCAACAUGUUUGUCAAGGACUGUAAGAGGGGCGGCAAGGACGUCACCUGCAUGUCGGCCAUAGUGUGUCUGAACGUCACCGCCCAGAAGGCCAUGCUGCAUGCACAGGAAGUGGCUGUUACGUACAACACCACCAUGGCGGAGCGCCGGUUCCACCCCAGAGCCAUCAUGGACGACCCUGACAAGCUUCUUCUUCAGAACCUGACCCUACUUCCCGGGGAGGAAACCUGUCAACACAUCUACUUCUAUGUCAUGGAGACCACUGACUAUGCGAGGCCCAUCGUGUUCACGGUGUCCGUGGCACUACAGGACCCUGACCAGGGGCCGAUGCUAGACGACACCUGGCCCACAACCUUCAGAACCGAGCUCCCAUUCUGGAAUGGCUGUGACGAGGAUGACCGCUGUAUACCAGACCUGUCCCUGAAGAGUACCACAGACCUGCUCACCUGGAGGCAGUUUUGUGAGAAUCCAGUCCACUCCAGGGGUGCUAUGUGUCGGCGUCUGGCCGAAGAAGGGUCGGGGGGGUCAGAGCGAGUGAUGGAGGCGUCAAGGAGGAGGAUGGUGGUGGACGUUCGUUUGGAAAACAAGGGAGAAAACGCCUAUGGAGCCAGACUAAACAUCACCUACACACCCAAUUUGCGCUUUUCUAGUCUCAUUGUAAAGGACAACUCGGAUGUCAAGAUAGAGUGUCGCAGUGAAGACAGACAGAGACAUGAGAAGAUUUGCAACGUCAGCGCUCCCUUCCUGAGAGCCAAAACCCAGCUAUCAUUCCGUCUGGAGUUUGAGUUCAGUCAAUCCGUGUUCCUGGACCACGUAAGAGUCAUUCUAGAAGCCAGCAGUGAUGGAGAAGAGGUUACCCUAGCUGACAAUUUCAAUGACAUCUUUCACCCACUGAAAUACGAGAUUGAUCUGCUAUUCACGAGGGACUCCAACCCAUCUCGCUGUGAAAUCAAGGCGGACCUCUCUUUGGAGAUACCAGGGAAUUUAGGUCCUCCGUUCAACUUCACCUUCCAGAUUCAGAACCUGGGCUUCUUCCCAGUGAAUGACUUGCAGUUGAACAUUGAAAUUCCAGAGAUGACCAAAAACGGAAACCAGAUAUUGCAGAUAUCAGAAUUCCAUAUUGACCAGACAGACGGUACCCACUGUACACCUCCUCCGCAUGUGGCACAUAGCAGAGCGUCCCCAGAAGACCUCUCACGGAUCUCACGCCUGAACCACUCCAAUACUCUGACUCUUCCCGUCCAAUGCACUGUUAACCUCAACACCUUCAGAGAAGUCAGUGUCAGAAUCAGGGGAUCGUUGCGGUUGGAUGCCCUGCAUGCUCUGAAGUUCAAAGUUCUGGAACUAGUGACAAGCGCCUCUGUGGAGCUUCCGCCUUCCAGACCUAUGUUUCUGCAUGAAGAAAGACCAGUCAGACAUAUAAUCCUGGAGAUUAGAAAGGAGGGGGAUUACAGAGUCUCAAUCUGGAUUAUAAUUGGGAGCACGCUGGGUGGUUUGCUGCUGCUAGCGCUGCUGAGCCUAGCUCUAUGGAAGAAACAUAUGUGGUGAAGUCUCACGUCUCCCUCUCUCACACCCACCUAGCUUGGCUUCUUUCAGAGGCAGAAAAGGAGAGACGAGGAUGAGCAGGAGGCCAAUGGAAAGGUGGCGGAGGAGCGGUAGCUAAUGCAGACCCUGACCCAGCUACCUCCCCCCCAACACACACACACACACACACACAUACACACGAAGGACCCAACACUCAGGGACCGCAACCAUCUCUGUCCGACGCUACAGUUCUACAGACCAGAUGACUCAGUGAGAUGAGACCUCCCAGACCUGCUCAGGGCACUGGAUGGCCCCAGCUGUGCCUGGCUGUAUGACCCCUGUACAACGUCAGCACUGCCACACGUAAUGCCACGCCCAUCCUUCCACUGCACUGCCAAAACUACUAGUUCCCUCUGGCCCCUACGUGGGGCCUGGUUAUCUAUGCCAGCCUCUAACCACCACACUGAAGUUAGUCCACGGCACCCUUCCCCCUGACCGCACGGAAGAGCGAAGGAGAGAUAUUUCGGUUGAAAUGUCACCUCUGGGCGCCAUGACGACGUUACUUGGAAAGGGCUUUAGGUGAGGCUGUGAUUCCAGGACAAACCGACUAAAUUUGAAUCGGCUCCGUUGGCUUUCUUAUGCGACAUGAGGUACCCGCACAGUACAGUAAAAACUCUAGGUGAUGUGCCAACUGAAGGUCGCUAAUGGCUACAUUGGGAUGUACUACAAACCUUCUGCGCUACCAUGUAUACUAGAAGGUUAAAGAUGUUGUCAGCAUGUAUGAGUAGAUGUGAUUCUACCCAAGUGACUUUUGGAAAAUGUUUUGAACUGAAAUUUGGUAAAGCUCCGGGAUCACAAUGGUCAACGUUCAAGGAACAGUCUGGUGCUUUUUUUUUCCAAAAACCUGGUGCGAACUUUAAGGUCUCCGGGAAAUACUUGUUUUGGAGAUGCCACAUUUCUUUCCAUGUCCAGUCAGCCCAUCCCUAUUGCUGGGAAAAAUUAACAGAAUUUAUUCUGAAUUUCUAUGCACUUUUACUUUGUAGAAAUACAAACUUGAAUUUUGUAAAUAAUCAAGUAACAUUUUUAUGUAUCCAAGUCUAUUAUUGUACUUUUUCAUUAUUCCCGCAAGGAUUGUGGCAUUAACUCCAGUGACAUGACAAACUAAUUCAGCCCAUGAGACUAAACAAACUGCUUUCUGACAUGCUUUUCUCCACAACAAAUAACCUUUGUGAAAAGGAUAUGCAUAGAACUUUUCACCAUCUGAAACAUACAUCUGUUCUGAGUGUUUUGUUGAGGACAACCAUAUUCAGGAUUCCAAUGAAGUUGCGGACUGUAAUGUCACAUGAUCUCAUGAGGAUCUGUGUUUAUUGUGCUUCUUAUGUCUGGAUUAAUCAUUAUCAAAUGUUUUUGUCAAUUAAAUACCUUUUGUUCAUUCAUUCUUGUUAAUGUCCUACCCAUGUGGAUGAGGUGUGAGAAUAAAAUACACAAAAUGUG